GAGAGAGAGAGAGAGAGAGAAAGUGAGAGGAGCUGUCUUCGUCUCUCUCGUUUUCGUCGCUCGCCUCGUCAAUUUGACUCUCAUCAGCUCCGACGCCGAGCCGCCGCCGAGCCGCCGCCGCCGAUGGCGUCCUCCGUCUCCGGCAUCUGCUCGUCGUCCCCGUCCCUCAGGCCGAAGACGCCGCCGUCCGCCGCCGGCCGGAGGGAGGUGGCCUCGGUCUCGUUCCCGAGCGGCGCCAGGCCCCCCGCCGGCGACCGGGCGCUGCCGCUGUCGCUGUCGCUGGCCCGCUCGGUCGCGAGGGAGAUCUCGGCUGAGCUGGGCAGGGCCGACGGGGCGGCGAAGAAGGAGAAGUGCGGGCUGGAGAAGGAUUCCCACUCGCUGUGGAGGAGGUACGUGGACUGGCUGUACCAGCACCGGGAGCUAGGGCUUUUCCUGGACGUGAGCCGGGUCGGGUUCACGGACGAGUUCGUGGAGGAGAUGGAGCCCCGGUUCCAGGCCGCGUUCAAGGCGAUGGAGGAGCUGGAGAAGGGCGCGAUCGCGAACCCGGACGAGGGCCGCAUGGUCGGCCACUACUGGUUGAGGAAGUCGGAGCUCGCGCCGACUCGAACUCUGAAGGCGCAGAUUGAGGGCGCGCUCGACGCCGUCUGCAAUUUCGCUGCCGACGUGGUCAGCGGUAAGAUUAAGCCCCCUGCUACUUCUCCUGUGGAUCACUUUACUCAAAUACUUUCAGUUGGAAUUGGAGGUUCAGCUCUCGGGCCACAGUUUGUUGCAGAGGCAUUGGCUCCUGAUAAUCCUCCCUUAAAGAUUAGAUUCAUUGACAACACAGAUCCGGCUGGAAUUGAUCAUCAAAUUGCGCAGCUUGGUCCUGAGCUGGCGUCUACCCUAGUAAUUGUGAUAUCAAAGAGUGGUGGUACUCCUGAAACCAGAAAUGGCUUAUUGGAAGUACAGAAGGCCUUUCGUGAAGCGGGAUUGGAAUUUGCUAAACAGGGUGUUGCCAUAACACAAGAGAACUCAUUGUUGGACAAUACUGCACGGAUUGAGGGCUGGUUGGCCAGAUUUCCAAUGUUUGACUGGGUGGGUGGUAGAACAUCUGAAAUGUCUGCAGUUGGUCUACUUCCAGCAGCCCUUCAAGGGAUUGAUAUCAGAGAAAUGCUUGCUGGUGCAUCCUUGAUGGACGAAGCAACUAGGACAAAAGUGGUGAAGAACAACCCCGCUGCAUUGCUUGCUUUAUGUUGGUAUUGGGCUUCUGAUGGUGUAGGAUCGAAGGACAUGGUAAUUCUUCCUUACAAAGACAGCCUUCUGUUAUUCAGUCGAUAUCUGCAGCAACUAGUGAUGGAAUCAAUUGGAAAAGAGUUUGACCUGGAUGGCAAUCGGGUCAAUCAAGGGCUUACUGUUUAUGGGAAUAAAGGGAGCACAGAUCAGCAUGCCUACAUACAACAGCUGAGAGAGGGUGUGCACAACUUCUUCGCAACAUUUGUUGAAGUGCUUCGUGAUAGACCACCUGGUCAUGAUUGGGAGCUUGAACCGGGUGUUACCUGUGGUGACUAUCUGUUUGGAAUGCUUCAGGGAACGAGGUCUGCUCUGUAUGCCAAUGAUCGCGAGUCUAUAACAGUCACUGUCGAAGAAGUGACCCCUAGAUCAGUGGGGGCCCUUAUAGCAUUGUAUGAGCGAGCAGUUGGGAUAUACGCCUCAAUAGUAAAUAUCAAUGCCUAUCAUCAACCUGGUGUCGAAGCUGGGAAAAAGGCAGCAGCAGAAGUAUUGGCUCUUCAGAAACGGGUUCUGGCUGUACUCAAUGAGGCCAGCUGUAAGGAGCCUGUCGAGCCAUUGACUCUUGAAGAAGUAGCUGAACGUUGCCAUGCCCCUGAAGAGAUUGAAAUGAUCUACAAGAUCAUUGCUCACAUGGCUGCCAACGACAGAGCAAUCAUAGCUGAGGGCAGUUGUGGAUCGCCUAGAAGCAUCAAAGUUUUCCUUGGGGAGUGUAAUGUUGAUGAGUUAUACGCUUGAUUUUCGCAGAAGUCAGGUGUCUCGCUGCGGACCUCUUCAUAAAUCUUCAAUAAGUUGAUUUUGAUUGUGGUACUGAAUCUUCAUCAGAAAGUGGGAUUAUUUGGGAGAUGGAAUUCUUUUACUGGAGGAUCUUUGCCUUAAUUGUUCGACGUGUAAAAUCAACGUUGUCGAACUUUUUAUCAGACAAAAAAAUAAAAUAACAGAUUGAUGAGUUGAUUCUCUUGUAGAAGUUCUUGAUACUUUGAGGAAUGAGAGUAAACGGCUGGUCCAUUCUCUCUGU